CAUUUUGAGAGACGUUACUUGUGGACAGCUGCUGUCUCAACUACAAACAGGAGGAGGACACGAAGAGACAGCUGUGAAGAAGAAAAUGCCGCUGCUGGUGACAGACUACAGCUGGACACAGACAGAGGGGACAGUCUGCAUCAGUGUGCCUUUAAAAGGAGCCAAAGCGGGGAAAGUGGACAUCCUGUCCACAGAUGAAUACAUCAAGCUGCAUUUCCCACCGUAUCUGUUUGAAGCCUUCCUGUUUGAACCUGUUGAUGAUGAGAGGAGCACAGCAAAGGUUGGAAACGGAGUUGCAGUCAUCAGUUUGCCAAAAAGGACCAAUAAAAUGUGGCAGCAUCUGAUGAUAAAUACAGAUGAUAAAGAGAAAAAGAAGGAGAUCAGAGAAAGAGCUCUGCUGAAAUACCAACAAAAACUUUCCUCAGAGUCCAAAACCAAAGCAGAGCGAAAGCAUGCAGAGAAGAAAUAUGCACUGGAGACAAUGAUGAAGCUUGAAAAAGAGGAAAGAGACAGUAUCCAGGGAAUGAAGGACAGAGAGCGAGAGAAAACCACCACAGAGUUGGCUGAAUGGCAGCUGAGACAGAAAGAAAAAGCAGAUGAAGAGCUAAAACUCCAAAGUCAGAGAGUCAAAAACAAACCGAAGGCUCUGACAGAGAAGCAGAACCUCGGAUGUUCAGAUGGAGAAAAGGUCAAAAUUAAUCAAAGAGGCGACAGCAAAGCAAAGAGCAAGAGAAAACAAGCGGACCUGCCCGCUCCGAGACUGAGCGGAAACAUUCAAGUCACAUUUACCCCUCGAGUUUUCCCAACAGCCCUCAGGGAGUCAAGAGUGCCAGAGGAGGAAGAGUGGCUGAAGAAACAAGCUGAAGCCAGGCGUGCAGUGAGUGCAGACAUUGAAGAGCUGAAGGACCUGAAAGAGGAGGAGAGGAACCCCGACUGGUUAAAGGACAAAGGAGACAAAUGUUUUGCGACCGGGGACUUCCUGGGUGCAGUGAACGCCUACAGCCUGGCGAUCAGGCUCAACAGAAAGAUCCCUGCGCUGUAUUCAAACAGGGCCGCUUGUCAUCUGAAGUUAAAAAACCUUCACAAGGCCGUCGAGGAUUCCUCUCAGGCACUUGAUCUGUUGACUCCACCAGUUGCUGCUAAUGCAGCUGCCAGAGCCAGAGCCCACGUCCGCCGAGGGUCUGCUCUCUGCCAGCUACAGCUCUACGCAGAAGGGCUGCAGGACUUCCAGGCUGCUCUGAAGAUCGACCCUCAUAAUGAAGCUCUGCAGGCAGACACACAGAGCAUCAGAGACAUUAUUCAAGGCUCUGCAGCUGACCCCACGACACACUGA